CUCUUAUUUGUUUAUUCAUUGCUCCAAUUUGUUACACAAACGGUUGUUUAGAAUCAUGGUUUAAAAUAGAAUAUUAAACCAUCUAACGAAAGAAAAAUGGUUCAUUACUAAUGGACCAUGUCGUGUAGAAGCUUCUUAUGACUAAUUUAGUAAGACUCAGUGAACCUAACCCUUGCUCAGAUCAAAUGUCUUUUUUACUUCUACCAAUUUUGGGAACAAUCUUUAUACUUCCUCAUGGUCAAAAGAUUGUCCAAGAUUGGCGUAUAAGAAAGUUUUUAUCUUGUUAUAAAAGAAAGAAGAAGAGACAAAGAAUCUCAGUUGGUCCGAAUCACAUGCUCUUUUACCAACAUCCGUUAAUUUAAACUUGUUUCCCGGUUUCUAUAUUGCUCUAAUCACUUUCUUCUAAAUUUCUGAAGACUGAUAAUAAAAUUAUGUAAAAGAGAAAGAAGAUGAAUGAAAUACGAAAGUUAUAUUUAGUUAUGUAAGGAACCCAUCUUACCCAUCGUUAAUUUAUAAAAAUUGUUAAAGAAGAUCCAAAACCGAACCAAACCGAAACUAAACCGGUAAUUUCGGAUUUAUAUAGAUUUCUCUUUUAAGUCCCUCAUCAAUCUCCGCUAAAACAUUUUUAAGAACGUCUCUCUCUCUUUCUCUUUCUUACUUUCUCUCUCUCUCUCUCUGACAGUUCUUGUUUUCUUGUCUCUCCCUCCGACUCUCGAUGCGAAGAAUCGAGCAAAGUUGUCGCGAUUAGUAACUUUUGUCUCGUAUCGAGAACACAACCAGAACCCCAACAAGCUACUUGAAUGCCUAUCUCUCACUCCUUAACACCGAUGUUGUUAGCAGUUGCGGUGGCCUUCGCGGCGGCGAUCACUACCUUCGCCUCGCCGUUAAAGAUUCUCCCUUUACAAAGGGCUUUCCCCUUAGACGAGCCAGUUGACCUGAACGAGCUCAGAGCCCGCGACAGUGUCCGCCACGCGCGAAUCUUACUAAGCAAAGGCGGUCGCCAGAGCUCAAUCGGCGGCGUCGUGAACUUCCCAGUCCAAGGCUCCUCCGAUCCUUUCCUCAUCGGCUCCAAGACGACUAUGCUUUAUUUCACAAAGGUGAAACUGGGUUCUCCUCCUACAGAGUUCAAUGUUCAGAUUGAUACUGGAAGUGACAUCUUGUGGGUUACUUGCGGCUCUUGCUCUAACUGUCCUCGCUCUAGUGGACUUGGAAUUGAGCUUCAUUUCUUUGACGCUCCUGGCUCCUUGACUGCCUCCUCCCUCACUUGUUCGGAUCCGGUUUGUUCUUCGGCUUUUCAGACAACAGCUGCGCAGUGCUCCGAGAAUAGUAACCAGUGUGGUUACUCGUUUCGUUAUGGUGAUGGAAGUGGGACUUCUGGUUACUACAUGACUGAUACGUUCCAUUUUGAUGCUGUUUUGGGAGAGUCUUUGGUUGCUAACUCAUCUGCUCCCAUUGUCUUCGGGUGUAGUACAUACCAGUCUGGAGACUUGACGAAGUCAGACAAAGCGGUGGAUGGGAUCUUUGGUUUUGGCAAGGGGAAGUUAUCUGUUGUCUCUCAGCUGUCUUCACGAGGGAUUACGCCUCCUGUGUUCUCUCAUUGCUUGAAAGGGGAUGGUAGUGGAGGUGGUGUCUUUGUCCUUGGCGAGAUAUUGGUACCAGGGAUGGUUUACAGUCCUCUCGUCCCAUCACAGCCUCACUAUAACUUAAAUCUCCUGAGCAUUAGCGUUAACGGAGAGAUGCUGCCUAUCGAUGCGGUGGCGUUUGAGACUUCGAACACACGUGGUACUAUUGUUGACACGGGAACCACUUUGACGUAUCUGGUGAAAGAGGCUUAUGAUCCCUUUCUCAGUGCUAUAUCAAGCAGCGUGUCUCAGUUGGUGACACCGAUCAUGUCUAAUGGAGAGCAGUGCUAUUUGGUCUCGACUAGCAUUAAUGAUAUGUUUCCUCCGGUUAGUCUCAAUUUUGCUGGUGGUGCAUCAAUGAUGUUGAGACCUCAGGACUACUUAUUUCAUUAUGGUUUCUAUGAUGGUUCGUCGAUGUGGUGCAUUGGAUUUUCCCAAGCUCUUGAAGAACAAAACAUUUUAGGAGAUCUUGUCCUUAAAGAUAAAGUGUUUGUGUAUGAUCUUGCUCGGCAACGGAUUGGAUGGGCAAACUAUGAUUGUUCGAUGUCUGUGAAUGUAUCGGUAACUUCAGGAAAGGAUAUAGUAAACUCAGGGCAACCAUGCUUGAUGAUCUCAAGAAAGGACAUGGUUUUGAAGUUGUUCUCUAGCAUCUUACUGGCUCUUCUUCUUUGUACUUUCUUCUCCUUGACUUAAAUCUAUAGAGUUUCAUGUUUUGUUUUAGAGUAGGUCAUGCUGAUUCUUUUGGCCAUUCGCACAUCUUCUCUGCUGUAGUUAAGUAGAUGUCUUUUUAAUUGUAGAUAGCUCUACUUGUGGCCUUUAGAAGUCUUACUUCUGUAAAACCUUGGUUUGUUUUAUUUUCAUAUUUAAUAUAUAGGCUUUUUAUUUCA